GCCAAGAAGAAGAAGAGGAAGAAGAGGAAGAAGAAGAAGAGUCAUGGGGGUUUCCAGAGUUGCCGUGCUAGUAGGCUAAUUGUUCAAUUUUAAAUGUUUGCUUUAGUUUUUAACAGCCAUGCGUUAUGAGGCUCACCGUGUUUGUGAUCUUCGCGUCCUUCUUGGCAGCAGGGCUCUGCUGUCUUCCAAGGAAUAUUCUACAACCACUGGGCAAUGUUGUCCCAUGUGCAGCAAAGGGACCGUUGUUCAGACAGAUUGCACGUCACUUUCAGGCCCACUUUGCACCUGUGAGAGCGGGACUUAUAUGAACGAACCCAACGGACUGAAUAAGUGUUUCACAUGCACCUCUUGUGACUCCAGAACCAGCAGGGCGGAUACACAGUGUGAGCGUUGUCAGUCUGGCUUUUUUUCAGAGCAUGGGGUGAAUUGCACGGAGUGGACAAUAUGCUCAGAAGCCCAGAGGAAGCUGGAAGAAGGAAGCGGGAUCAGUGACGUUGUUUGUGGAAGUUCUUCAAGACAACAUUUCAGUUACAUACCAACAUCAUUGUUUGCAUUAAUAGUUGUUGUUGUUGUUGUUGUGCUUUUCAUUAGAGCAGGGUUUCCCCCAGAAAAUGUGUUAGUCAAGGUGGUGACCGGGGGGGGGGUGAAGUCGGCCGGCUACGUCGCAUGAAGAAGCCGGCGAUUUUGGGCUGAGUUUUUCGAUCCGACAGGUUGUCAGCCAUCCAAAUAGUAGAUUCGACAGGUUGUCAGCUAUCCAAAUAGUAGUCUUUCCGAAAAAUGCUGGUUUUGAAGGAUGUUGGUCGAACGAUGAUAGCACAAUGACAUAUACCACUAGAUGCCGCUGUUCGGACGCAUCACGCGAUUCAGAGGCAUAUUUGGAGGCAUAGCCCCACAUUUUAAAACGUUUCUUUUAUUUGUUUUUUGUUUUUUAUUUUAAAAUGCGUUCUGCAGAGAAGAUAGACUGUCAGUCACGGUUUGGAAUGAAAGGUAGAAAACAUGAAAGAGUAAAACGGCGAAUAUCGCUAUAGGCCUAUAUCUAUAGAAUUUUUUUUUUUUUUUCUGGAGACGUGACGUUAGUCAAGGCGGCAACCCCGUGUUGUUAAGGCGGCCGCCUUAACAGGAAAGCGCUGUGGGAAACCCUGUUAGAGGUUAGUGCUUGUUUUCCACCCCUCCAUACUAGUUUCUCACAUCAUUCCCUGCCAUUCUUUUUUCCUGUUACUUUGAGUGAAUGGACAUUAACUCUAAACAUCCUCUUUUUCAACUGACCCUUUCAGCUGGGUCUGUGGCAGGGGCCAGCUGCUGCAUCUCCAGAUCAGAAAGAAAUGGCUAAAUGUACUUUGCAAUAUCAAAGAAACAGUCCACACCAUUGCUGUUGCCUAUAAGAGUCGGCCCACCGGCGCCUGCAAGCUCCUCUAACUCUCUGCCUGGCUCUUUCCAUGCUUAUCCUGAGAUAAGCUUGUCUGCCAAUAUGUGAGUCUCGACAUCCCAUAAUGAGACAAUAAAACAAUAGCUUUGAAGGAGAACUGCAGCAUAAAUGAGAUUUCUCACCAGACAAGAAAGUGAUGAACUUUUAAUGAAUGGAUUCUGAAUGAUGCUUCUUUGGAGAGGCAGCUUUUUUAAGGGAAGGUGGAUUAGUGAUGUGGACAGGUAGCGAUCACUAGCAAAUCAACAUCUGCGUGAGGAGAUGAUGAUUCUGAGGAAUCCCUUGAGAGCACAUGCCUUGGUGAGACAUCUUCCUUAUGCUAUUGUUAGAACCAGAAAUACACAAAUAUACAGUUGUACAGCACUGUGCAAACAAUAGAUUUUGUUCUGAUGCUUCUCCUAUUCAGGCACAGACACAGAGGGAACAUUAAACCAAAGUCCUGUUGGACGUGUCCUUUUUUAUAAAAGCUUUUUGUAAUAUACAUGCUGUCCAACAAAGUGCCAACCUCUCAAUUAAUUUUUUAAUAACUAAUCAUUCCUUCUGAUUGACUAACCCAUCUGAAUCUUGAGUGUGCCACAUUGAUUGAACACGUGUCAUUGUCAGCUGUCUACAGCCGUGGCCAAAGGUUUUGAGAAUGACACAAAUACUAAUUUUCACAAAGUCUGCUGUCUCCGUUUUAAGGAUGAAGAAUGUUAUGAAGGCUGAUCAGAUGAAUUGCAAUUAAUUCCGAAGGCCCUCUUUGCUAUGAAAAUGAACUCAGUCUUCAUAAAGGACAGAGGUUCAAUUGUUCUGAAGAAGGCUUCAGGGUGCCCAAGAAAGUCCAGCAAACACCAGGACCAUCUCAUAAAGUGGAUUCAGUGCAGGAUCAGGGCACCAUUUGAUUUAGUUCUGAUGCUACUCUUAUUCAUGCAUGUGCACACAGAGGGAGAAUUAAACCAAAGAGCUUUUGUCUUUGUAUAAAGUGGUUUUUUUUUUAUAGAUGCUUUUUUUUAUGUCGAUACAUGUUGUACAUACAGAGUUUUAGCAUCUAACCUCUGCUUAACAGGAAAUGAAACAUCUUUCUAUUUUUACUAGCUUAUGGAUCUAUUGUGUUGUGUGAAUGUAAAUUAAGUUGCUCUAAUCCAUAUCCUUUUUCUGUUUGUAUUAUCAAGUAUUUUUUUAAUAACUAAUCAUUCCUAUUGAUUGAAUAAAGACCCAUCAGAAUCUCAA